AUGGCUGUAGCAAGACAGGACGUGGCACCUAGUCAACGAGGCAGUCUCGAACCACCGGGAUCGGCCCAACCCUCCGAAGACACACCAUUGAUCACCAGAGUAUCGGCGGAGAAACCGUCCAACACUCACUUUCGAAAUAUACCACGCCCUCGCUUCAUCGUUCUUUUCCUGAGCAUAAUGUUUGGCUGUACGAUUGCCUUUUUCGACUCAACCCUCAUGGCUUCGGCUCAUCCAGUCAUCACAUCUUAUUUCCAUGCAUCGAACGCGGCAUCUUGGCUGAGCACCGUGUUUUACCUGUCUUCAACGGUCUUCCAGCCGCUCUAUGGUCGUGUAUCUGACACCAUUGGACGAAGACCAGUGGUUUUCUUCGCGGCGAGCAUGUUUCUUGCAAGUACCGCGUGGUGUGGUUUUGCGGGUACCAUUGGCAGUUUCAUCGCUGCCAGAGCAGUCUGUGGUCUGGGAGCUGGAGGAGUAAUGUCCAUGUCGUCCAUAUUGACGAGUGACGUUGUCAAGAUUGAAUAUCGAGGAAUUUACCAAAGCUAUUUCAACAUGUCAUGGGGCUUGGGUAAUGGUCUUGGUGCCGUGCUGGGUGGACUGCUCUGUGACAAACUGGGUUGGCGAGCUGCGUUUUAUGUCCAGCUCCCUUUCAUCUUUACCUACGCUAUAUUGACAUUGGUCUUUUGCCCCUCUGAUCUGGGACCAAAUCUGGCCAAGACUCAAGGCAAAUCCAUACGACAAGCAUUCAAGACGUUCGACACUCUCGGGGCCAUUACCCUCACCACCACCGUCACAUGCCUCAUCCUCGGAGUGAACCUAGGUGGAAAUGUCUUUACUUGGACACAUCCGUUGGUCAUCACCAGCCUUGUGCUCUUUGUCGUCGCGGCAGUCUCGCUGUACUUCGUGGAAAGAAAGGCUCAACUACCGAUGCUGCCCCUGAAAUUCCUCUCCACAAGGCCAAUGGGCAACUUGAUGUGGAUGAAUUUCUUCGGUGCCAUUGUCACGAACACGGUUCUGUUCAACGUCCCGCUAUAUCUUCAGGCCGUAAAGCAGAGCAGCCCUACCGCGUCCGGUUUGAACCUGCUUAUUCUCUUGCUUGGCGGCACAGCAACGGCGCUUUUGUGCGGCCUGUACAUCACUCUCACACGAAAGAUGAAACCACCGAUGGUCGUGGGCACGUUUAUCAUGCUCAUGGGAGCGAUAUGUGUGACUUGUUUGUCUGCAGAUACACCAACUUGGUCUGUUCCGUUUCUAAUCCCGUUUUGUUCAAUCGCACAAGGCCUUUCUUUCCCAGCAGCUACGAUUGCCUCGUUGGCGUUGAACUCUCAAGACGAACAAGCCGUAGUGACGACUACUUUGGGUUUGUUGCGGAAUUUAGGCGCGAUUCUCGGAGUUGCCAUUAGUAGUUGGAUUCUUCAGAACGCGUUGCUCGUUUAUUUGGACCGUCUAGUGACGGCUCCGGACGAACAGACCAAAGAGAACAUCAUCCGAGCAGUGAGAGAGUCGGUUCAUGCCAUCAAGAACUUGGAUCCGGUACACAAAAGACAAGUCAUCGAGGCGUACGCAAACAGUAUCCGAGUCACUUUCUCCAUGGGCAUAGUCAUCAGUGUGAUUUGUAUUCUGAUGAUAUGGCCUGUACAUAUCCCGAACUUGCAGCGUCAAGAAGAUCUGGAUAGGGCGACAACCACCGAGUACUCCGAGUCUGAGACUGAGUCGGAGUCGGAGUCGGAGGAUGACGGGAUUGAGGCAACGUUCGUAGGCAAUUCGCCUACCGAACCUCUUUCACGUACAGCCACGGCUAGUUCGAGGAGGAGCAGGGCCGGUGCGUCUUCGACAGCUUCUGGAUCAAUCCCUAGAGGGUAUGAUCAUCACAAUCUUGAAAGGAGGCCUAGUUUCGACACUAGUUUUUCCAUGUGA